UUGCUACGCCUAAGGCAGCAUUGAGUAUGAACGGAUCAUACGCUAUCUUGAUAGACCACGGUGCGGUUGUAGGACAAGGCUGUUCGUAUGAUGGGCCACCCACACCAGGCAUCACGUCCGCGAGCGACUGGGGUUUCAUUGUAGAUGGAGUUUGCCCUGUUGGUUUUUCUCUCGCUCCUCCAGGAUUUACAAGUUGUGUUGACGUUGAUGAAUGUGCUAGCCAUUCAAGAUCUAAGCGUAGUUUGCCGUGGUGGUGGCAGUAUCCAAUUUCCUCUUCAACAGCUGGAUACAGUGGCUCGCCUGCAUCUGCAAGCGCAAGUUCGUCGCAUCUUUCAGAAUGUUCCCACCACUCGUACCUGGAAGACUCCGUCAGAGGAAUGGGAUUUUAUAAUGGAUACUACGGUUAUUACCAAUGCGAUAAUUAUCUUCCAUUUGGUUGGUACCGGUUUCGAGGGGCGGCGGGGACUGAGAUGCCCACAUCAUGCGUAGGCAAAAAUCGAUGCAGUUCGCAUGCGCCGGGCUGGUUGAAUGUGAUUGUUCAUGGCUUGGUUCCUCAUAAUUUGUCAAGUCUACUUGAUGACUUGUUUUCGUCUGUGUGCACAGCUUAA